AAGACUUCCUAGAAUUUCUCCAGGAAACCGUCGGGUGGUGGGGAGUGACUCUUUAACCCGCAGUCCCGCAAGAGCACAUCUCCUGGGCCUCCCGGAAAUGAGUCUUAGUUCCUCUAAGGUCGCGCCACGGGCGGAAAUUGAGACUCAGGCGGGGCCAGAGCCAGAGGAGCCGGUGAGCCCAGCGCCCCCGCCGGAGCCUAGGCAGGAGGAGCUGUCGGAGGGCAAGUUCGCCGAGACGUCGGAGAUCGGGAUUGGACCCGACUCCCCGGAGUUGCCCAGGCCCAAGCGGCGACUGCUCGACGCCUCGAAGCUGCGCGCCCAUGAGGGACGGGAAUCAAAACCGAGCUGGGCUUCAGGGCAGAGCGCAGAGCGGCUACCGCCAUUGAGGCAGGAAUCCAAGCAGCUCCAGCCGUCGCAGCCGCCGCCGCCGCCGCCGCCUCCUCCUCCGCCACCACCACCACCACCGCAGCAGCCCCAGCAGCCCCAGCAGCCGCCCCAGGAGUCAUUGAGGACCCCUCAGCGAGAGCCAUCGAGGAUAACUCAAGAGACUGAGACAGUCCACAGAACUCGUUGCUACACCAACUGCCUGGAGAAGCCACUCUCCCGCGCCUUCGAACGGCUGGGAAGGUGUGUGGGUUCACACCCCUGGAUCUUCCUGCUGGUCCCCAUCCUACUGACGGCUGCGCUUGGCAUCGGCUUUAUUUACCUGCCCAAGGAAGAAGAAGAAAACCUCGAGGAGCAGUACACUCCGAUUGGGAGCCCUGCCAAGGCUGAGCGGCGAUUUGUGCAGGCACAUUUCACCACCAAUGACUCAUAUCGCUUCUCUUCUACCAGGAGCAGCAGCGAGAACAAUUUUGCUUCCAUUCUGGUGGUCUCCAACAGCGAAACACUGCUGGAAUCCGAAAUCUUUGAGGAAGUUAGUCAAUUAGACCAAGCAGUGCAGACUCUGAGUGUGAGAAAGGAAAAUGGAGCCCCUAUCCACUACAAAGAGGUGUGUGCCAAGUACAGGACCUUCUGUGUGCCCUCCAACCCACUCCUGUACGUCUGGCAGAGGAACAAAACCCUCGACCUGAAAACAUUCACCUUCCCCAUGCAUAACUAUAAGAACCACUUCAUCUACCUGGCUGGCUUCUUUGGUGGAAAUACCUUGGGCGAUUCUGUAGGACAGAACCACUUACUUCUGGAAACCAAAGCCAUGAGGCUCUUGUACUAUCUGAAGACUGAAGUCAAGGAGGACAGCGAGCAGAGCAAGGAGUGGCUGGUUCAUUUUUUGGACGAAUUUUACAGCCUUAAGGAGAAGCUGGCCUUUAAAAAUAUCCAGGUGGUCCACUUUACAUCACUUUCCAGACAGCUGGAAUUUGAGGCAACUUCUAUGACAGUGGUCCCUUUGUUUCACUUGGCCUACCUUCUAAUCAUAAUAUUUGCAAUUAUAUCAUGCUACAGGUUUGACUGUGUACGAAACAAAAUGUGGGUUGCAGUCUUUGGAGUGGUGUCUGCUGCCUUUGCAGUGGUGAGCGGCUUUGGCCUGAUGUUGUACAUUGGGGUGCCAUUUGUGAUCAUAGUUGCAAAUUCACCAUUUCUUAUUCUAGGUGUUGGGGUUGAUGAUAUGUUUAUCAUGAUUUCUGCCUGGCAGAAGACCAGUCUUAUGGAUAGCAUAAAAGAGCGGAUGGCCACUGUCUAUUCAAAGGUGGCAGUGUCUAUUACAAUCACCACCAUCACCAAUGUCCUGGCCUUCUAUACAGGGAUUAUGAGUUCUUUCAGGUCCGUACAAUACUUUUGCAUCUAUACAGGAACAACCCUGCUCUUUUGUUAUUUUUAUAACAUCACCUGUUUUGGAGCAUUUAUGGCCCUGGAUGGUAAAAGAGAAAUACUCUGCCUACGCUGGUUGAAAAAGCCAGAUCAGAAAUAUUCCUCAUUAAAAAAGGCCUGCUGUCUCCCAUUUUCUUCUGUCCCAGAUGAACAAGGAACUGAUAUCCAUCCAAUGAAUUUGUUCUUUAGAGACUAUUUUGGUCCUGUACUCACAAGAACUAUGUCCAAGUUUUUUGUGGUGGUGAUAUACAUUUUGUACAUCAUAAGCAGCAUAUAUGGGUGUUUCCAAGUGCAGGAAGGUUUAGACCUCCGAAAUCUAGCAAGUGAUGAUUCCUACAUUACACCAUAUUUUAAUGUAGAGGAAGAUUAUUUUUCAGAAUACGGUCCCAGGGUUAUGAUUAUUAUUACUGAAAGUAUUAACUACUGGGAUGAAGAUGUAAGGGAAAAAUUGGAAAAAUGUAUAGAAAAUUUUAAAGAAAAUGACUAUGUAGAAAGAAAUCUUACAGAGUUUUGGUUACAUACAUAUAUGGAUUAUAUGAAAAGAAAUGGACAGGACCCUAAUGAUAAGAAUACUUUUAUGAAUGGUAUGUCUCAUUUUUUACGUAAAUUUCCAGUUUUUACAUAUGAUAUUAAUAUUACAUCAAAUGAAAUCAUUUCCUCCCGGGGUUUCAUUCAGACUAUGGGCGUUUCUUCCUCAACCAAUAAGAAAAUAAUGUUACUCCAAUUACGAGAAACAGCCGAAAAGUGUGAGAUUCCUCUAAUGGUGUAUAACCAGGCAUUCAUAUAUUUUGAUCAGUAUGCUGCAAUCAUAGAAAACACUGUGCGGAAUAUCAUGGUUGCGUCGACAGCUAUGUUCAUUGUUUCCUUAUUGUUAAUUCCUCAUCCAAUGUGUUCCUUGUGGGUAACUUUUGCUAUUGCUUCUGUGAUUGUGGGAGUAACAGGUUUCAUGGCAUUUUGGAAUGUCAAUCUUGAUUCCAUAUCCAUGAUUAAUCUUGUCAUUUGUAUAGGAUUUUCUUUUGAUUUUUCUGCACACAUAUCUUAUGCAUUUGUUUCCAGUACUAAGACUUCAGUAAACCAAAAAUCAAUUGAGGCAUUGUAUCUGCUAGGCUAUCCAGUAUUACAAAGUGCAAUUUCAACAAUAAUAGGGGUGUGUGUUUUAGCUACAGCUAAAGCGUACAUCUUCAGGACAUUUUUCAAGAUUAUGUUUCUUGUUAUGGUAUUUGGGGCUGCUCAUGGCCUAAUUUUUAUUCCAGUCUUCUUAACCUUUUUUUGAAGGUUUGUUUGAAUAUCCACUGACAAAUCAAAGACCUUUAUAGAAUUGCCUCAAUCCAAUCUGAUAAAAAAAAUGCACUAUUAAGAAUAGUCAAAUGAACUUUUAACAAAGGCAUGUUUCCUUGAGUUGGAAAUCCUACUUUAAAUUGUUAUUGAACAUAUCCUGAGAAAAAUUAAUUAGUCUUCCAUUAAAAUAUAUUUACUAAAUUAGAAA